CCUCGGCUUUACUUUAAAAGUAAGCCGCCUCGGCUUUUACUUUAAAAGUUUCCUGGGGCCGGGACGCGCGUAAAGAGCCAUGGCCAUCUACGUCGGGAUGCUGCGCCUCGCGAGGCUGUGCGCCAGGAGCCCGGGGGUGCUGGGGACCCGCGCUAUCCUCGCCGGCUGUGGGCAGGAAGCGAGACUGCAGGCCGUCCGCCCCCUCAGCUCCAGAGAGGCCGAUACCACCAUCCCCCUGCCCAUUGGAGGCCUCAGCUAUGUCCAGGGCUUCACAAACAAUAGUCUUCUCCACAAGACUGUGGGGCAGUGCCUGGAAGCCACAGUACAGAGGGUCCCUGACAAAGAGGCCUUGGUCGUGUACCAGGAAAACAUCAGGUUGACCUUCGCCCAGCUCAAGGAGGAGGUGGACAAAGCCGCUUCUGGGCUCCUGAGUCUUGGUCUCUGCAAGGGCGACAGGCUGGGCAUGUGGGGACCCAACUCCUAUGCAUGGGUACUCAUGCAGCUGGCCACCGCCCAGGCGGGCAUCAUUCUGGUGUCGGUGAAUCCGGCCUAUCAGGCUAUGGAACUAGAGUAUGCCCUCAAGAAGGUAGGCUGCAAAGCCCUCGCUUUCCCUAAGCAAUUCAAGAAUCAGCAAUACUAUCAAAUCUUGAAGCAGAUCUGUCCAGAGUUGGAGAAGGCCGAGCCAGGGGCCUUGAACAGUCAGAGGCUCCCAGACCUGACCACGGUCAUCUCGGUGGAUGACCCUCUGCCGGGGACCCUGCUCCUGAAGGAGGUGGUGGCGGCCGGAGGCGAAGAGCAGCAUCGGGCCCGGCUCCAGUACAGCCAGCAGUUCCUGUCUUGCCAUGACCCCAUCAACAUCCAGUUCACUUCGGGGACGACAGGCAGACCCAAGGGGGCCACCCUCUCCCACUACAACAUUGUCAACAAUUCCAACCUGAUAGGGGAACGGAUUAAGUUGCACCUCAAGACACCUGAGGAGACACGGAUGGUCUUGCCCAGCCCCUUGUACCACUGUCUGGGGUCUGUGGGGGGCACAAUGGUGAGCCUGAUGUAUGGCACCACCCUCAUCCUAUCCUCUCCGACCUUUGAUGGCAAGAAGGCGCUGGAGGCCAUCAGCAAAGAGAGAGGCUCCUUCCUGUAUGGCACCCCCACAAUGUUCGUGGACAUUCUGAACCAGCCAGACUUCUCCAGUUAUGACAUCUCGUCCAUACGUGGAGGUGUGAUUGCUGGGGCCUCUGCACCCCCAGAGCUGAUCCGAGCCAUGAUUGACAAGCUGAACAUGAAGGAACUGGUGGUGGCUUAUGGAACCACGGAGAAUAGUCCUGUGACUUUCCUGAACUUCCCCGAGGACACUGUGGAGCAGAAGGCAGAAAGCGUGGGCAGAGUUAUGCCUCACACAGAGGCCCAGAUCGUGAACGUGAAGACGGGGAAGCUGGUGGAGCUGAACACACCCGGAGAGCUAUGGAUCCGAGGGUACUGCGUCAUGCUGGGCUACUGGGGCGAGCCCCAGAAGACCGAGGAGAUAAUCGGACAGGACAAGUGGUACCGGACAGGAGACAUCGCCGUGAUGGACAAGCAGGGCUUCUGCAAGAUCGUGGGCCGCUCCAAGGAUAUGAUCAUCCGGGGCGGUGAGAACAUCUACCCCGCAGAGCUCGAGGACUUCUUUCACACACACCCGCAGGUGCAGGAAGUACAGGUGGUGGGAGUGAAGGACUACCGGAUGGGGGAGGAAAUCUGUGCCUGCAUUCGCCUGAAGAAGGGGGAGAAGACCACAGAGGAGGAGAUCAAGGCUUUCUGCAAAGGGAAGAUCUCCCACUUCAAGAUUCCCCGCUAUGUCGUGUUUGUCACAAACUUCCCCCUCACCGUCUCAGGAAAGAUCCAGAAAUUCAAACUUCGAGAGCAGAUGGAACAACAUCUAAACCUGUGAAUAAGGGAUUGGGGUGGGGGGGUGCGUCCUCCCAGGCCCUCCCUGCCCUUCCCCCACAUUCCUGCCUGUCUUUGUGAUUUGACAUAAAGAGUUUCUGUGUUUUC